AUCAGUUCCAAUCGUGCUCCCGUAAACGAAAGUCAUACGAAAAAAUCUCUAACAACAAAAUAAUAAUAUUCUAUCGAUUUUCUUAUUCUGAACAAUGAAUAAAACCGAGGAAAACCUAUGGAAUGGAUGCAAUUGUUGCUAUUGCUCGUGCUAUUGCCCUUGCUCCUGCUCGUCUUUAAAACGAUACAGCUCCGAUGAAUCGAGUCGCUGCUUACUUCUUCAGAAAGGCUCGAAAUAUAGAUAUGAAUUCGAGAGAUGCUCAGAUCCCAGAUGUCCAUUAAGGAAAGCGCCUGGAAUGGAAGUCCGUUUAUCGCACCCGGCGGAAUCUACUUCUCGAGCGCCACAACAAAAGCGGCCGUGUCCUUCGGAUAGAGGACGAAAUAGUGCUAAUAAAGUGAAAUAUUCGACUCCGAAGUACGAAAGAGAGACAGAUGGAGAGUCCAGCAUAUCAACACCAUUCAGUUGUUAUAGGGAGGAUAUAGGGAGGCCAAAGUCCUCGGACAAAUAUAAGUUUUCCGGAAACUGCAACUGCUACACAACAGAACAGCCAAGAAAGUAUGUUUCCAGGACAGCCGAAGAAAUCAGAAGGGCGGUUCGGGCGGAGAUUGCAGAGAUGGAGCAAAAGAAGGCAAAAAGCUGUAAUUGUACCUCCUGCAAGCCACCGCAGAGUGUGCACUUGUCAGCUAAUGAAAGAACAAAGAGUACAUCUAAAGAUGAAGAUGUUUUCACGGAGUCCGAGAAAUUGUUACUUGGUAAAAUUGAUUGGCGCACUACUGCUACCGAUGAUUUAACUAAUUCCGAGCUAAUUUAUUCGACGAUAAAGCAUUUGCUGCGCAUAUGUCUGAACAACAAAAUAAUCGAGCUUGGCCUCCUGGAUAGUCUGCAUGAGGCGGUGGCACUAUUCAAAGAAAAUAGGAGGAAACGAGAUAACUGAUGGGAUUCCUUUUUAUUUUUGUAAUAUUAUUUUUGAAAAUUUUAUAUUUUAUAUAAUUAAAUUGGCGGUAACGGGGGGAAACAUA